AGCGCAAUGCGGUGGAAACUCUUCAUUGUCUCCGCUGGGCUAGCAGCCAUAGCGCCCUUCGGGGUCUCUGGUGCAGAGUCAGCGAACUCCAAUGGUUACUACCAGGAACCCUCCGGCAGCUCAUCCUUCACGCAAUACUCAGGAUGCGGCUCGCCUGCUUGUGGUGUUCCAGCCACCGGAUACACCGCUGCAAUGAGCCAGCUGUCCUUCGGUUCUGCGCCCGGAUCUGGCCCUGGCGAUGCCUGCGGGCGUUGCUUCCGGCUCACAGGCAGCGCAGAUCCGUAUAGCCCGAAUUACUCUGGACCUUUCAAUUCCAUCGUUGUCAAGGUCACUGACCUGUGUCCCGCGUCGGGCAAUGAGGUAUGGUGCGGCCAGACAACGUCGGACGGCGAGAAUCAAUACGGGAUGCCAGUGCACUUCGACAUCUGCGAAGACACCGGAGGCGCCGGCGCGUUCUUCCCGUCAGACCACACGGCGCUCACCGGCUCCUACGAGGAAGUGAGCUGCAGCGAAUGGUCUGGCUCGGAUGAGAGCGCGCUCUGGUCGGGUGCAUGCAUCAGCGGCGAGUCUGCAUCCUUCUGGCCGAGUGGGACUGGCUGCGGUAACGAAGGGACCGCCCCGUCAUGAGCGCCUCGAGGUAGCUAACGGGCAGUCUGCGACGCGGAUUUCCCAUUUCCGUAGCCAGUGCGUAUGACGAGCCGAUGACAUUGAUUGGUUGUCGUGCAAACGUCGUGUUUCGUCCCUACGACAACAUGUACCUGCAUCGUCACCGCCUCAGCAACGUGCUACACACUGGUUUUCUGUGUGUAUGGAGCCUCAGUUAACGUAUUGAGGGAGACCGCAUCCAAACACACUCACAAGAUAAGCGCCCCAAUACCCUUGGAACAUCCAUGUACCAUGUCAACCU